GGGAGGACGCGGGAGGAUGAGGAGGAGGCCGGCGGUCCGGCCGCGCGGCGCCGGGAGGAGGCGCAGGCGGCGGGGGCGGCGGCGGGCGGCGGCGGGCGCGCGGGGUGCGGGCCGGCUCGGGCGCGGAGGAUGAAGUGGAGCGUCCGCGGGGCCUGCGCCGCGCUCUCGUCGUGUCUCCUGCUCGCCUGCGCGCUCAGCGCCGCCGCCGUCGGCCUCAAGUGCUUCUCGCUGGGCUCGGAGCUGCGCGGGGAGCCGUUCCGGCUGGGGGCGGCCGCCGGCGCCUUCUACUCGGGGCUGCUGCUGGCCGCCGGCCUUUCGCUGCUCGGCGCCGCCCUGCUCUGCUGCGGGCCCCGGGACGCGCCCCUCGCAGGGCCGGGGCCGGGCCCGGGGCUCGGGGUCCCCGCGGCCCCGGCCGGGGCUCCGGAGGCCGCGCCGGGCGAGCAGGCGGCCGCAGGGGGACCCUCGGGGCCGGUGAACAGCCAGAACCUGCUCCUGCUCGGCGUCCUCGUCUUCAUGCUCGGGGUCCUCAGCGCCUUCGCGGGCGCCGUGAUCGACGGCGACACCGUGUCCCUCGUGGAGCGCAAGUACUCCCACUACUGCCUGCCCCCGCGCGCGCCGGCCGCCGCCCCCGGCCCCGCGGCCGCCGCCCCCGGCCCUGCCCCCGGCGCGCCGCGCGCCCGCAGCACCCCGGACAGCGCCACGCCCGCCAAGUGCCGGCAGCUCAAGGACUACCAGCGCGGCCUGGUGCUCUCCACCGUCUUCAACUCGCUCGAGUGCCUCCUGGGCCUGCUCAGCCUCCUGCUGGUCAAGAACUACAGGUCGUCGCAGGCCCGGCGCGGCCGGCGCGGCCGGAGAAGGGGAGGCCGGGCCCUGGCGCGGCCCCGCGGCGGCCCGGGGCUCCGCGCGCAGCUGCCAGUCUCCCGGGCGCGGCGGGGCCGGCGGGGCCGGCGGGGCCGGCGGCUGCAGCCGCGGCCGAGCGAAGCCUCUAUCCUGUCCCCGGAGGAAUCGGACUUGACCGCCCCGGGGGACUGCGCGGACUUUGCGGCGCACCACGCCGUGUCCUACAUCAACGUGGGCGUCUUCCACGCGUUCGACGAGGCGGGAGUGGAGGUGUGCUGCGGGGGUCACCCGUCAGUGGAGCUGCCGGGUUACGCGCCCUCGGACCCCGACCUCAACGCCUCUUACCCCUACUGCUGCCGGCAGCCUUGUGAGGCGGCGCGCCCUUGGGCGCCGGGCCGGGCCUGCUGAGCCCCCGCGCGCACCUCCUGUCCGACCGCGGGGCGGAGGAGCACAGGGCCGGGGCGCGCGCGGUGCACCUGCGGGGGCGGUGUGGCCGGCGCCUCCCAGGGCUCCCCGCCUCCCAGCCCUCCGGGGCUACCAUUUCUGUGUCGGAGGCUUUCUUCUCUUCUCUGUCUGUCGGUAUCCGGAUUCCAUUUUAAAGUUUACAAUAAAUGUUUUGGGGUUGGCUCGCCCCCACCGCA